AUGGCGGGCCUCAAGGUGGACGAGCUCCGUGCGGCCCUGAUUCAGCUGGGCGAAACACCUCCCAGGGGAUGGACACGAGCCGAGCUCAUGGUUCGUCUCGAGGAACUGACUGGCGAGGACAUGUCCAAGACUAUGAAAACCAAGCACAAGAAUCAGUCGCCAGCUCAGGCCCUCACCAAGAAGCUGAAUGCGGCGGCUGCCAAGCGCAAGGCCGAUCUGGUGGAAUUCUGCCAGACCGAACUUCGGAUGUCCAACAUCGACGCCUGGACGAAGACUCGCAUCCAGAUGGAGGGCGUCAAGAAAAUCCUGGAGAUCACCGAGGGGGACUUCCGCGACCUGGUCUCUUUCGGACUACAUGGUCUCCUCACCUACGGCGACCUCUACGAGCAGGAGAAGGGCUACUGCCGAUGGGUGGUGAACACCGCUCGCGAGCGCAAGGAGUUGAGCGACUUCCGUCUGCGUCGCUUGGCUCGAUGGAUCGAGCAACAGGACGAGAACGAGCUACAGACGACGCCCCAGGAGACGGUGGGACGUCCAGUCCUGAGCCUCCUCCAGAAGAGCGGCUACAAGGAAGCGCAGACGACGGCCCUCUCCAGCAGCAACAAGGACGAACGGUUGGAUGCCCUGACUGCCGUGAUCAAGGAGCUGAGCGCGGAGGUGCAAGAUUUGAAGGAUGCUCGCCAGCCGGCGCGCAAGAAAGGCAAGGAUGUCGAGCCCGAGACGGGCGGGGAGACGGACGCCUCCUUCACCAUGAUUCCCCAGAAGACGAAGAGCCCUGGCCGUUCGAGUGCGGCCUGA